AGUGUAGCUUCAAAAGAUAAGAGUAAGUUGUUUCACACCAAACCUCACACAACACAUCAAAUAGCAACACAAACACCUUUCACUUUUCUUUAUGUAAACUUUCCACUCUCACACCCUUGUUUACUAAGCAACAUUAUUAUAGUACCCCAUUUCAUUUUAAGGUUUUCAUCAUUCUCAUUUUGUUCACAAAUUCAAGGAAAAAAAAUGGUAACACUUCAAACAACAACCUCAAUGUGUUGUUUCAUGAUUAUGUUACUAUUUCUAAGUGUUACUAAAUCUUUUGGAGAUUUAGUAACAGAUCACAAGAAUCUUACAACUGUUACCAAAGAUGAAGUGAAGUGCACGCCUUGUGGUCAAGUUUCUUCGCCGCCGCCACCUUCUCCACCACCACCGUCACCACCACCUGCUUCCACCAACAACUGUCCUCCUCCUCCUUCACCACCCAGCUCCGGUGGUGGUAGUGGGUCAACUUACUACUCUCCACCGCCGCCUUCAGUGUAUUACUACUCAUCACCACCGCCACCUGCGUCCACCGGAGGAGGUGGAGGUGGCGGUUUAUAUUAUCCACCGCCAACUGGUGGUAGUGGUAGUGGUAGUGGUGGGAACUAUGGAACGCCGCCACCACCAAAUCCUAUUGUACCUUAUUUUCCUUUCUAUUACCACACUCCACCACCGGGCGCGGCGGCGCCACCGUCUUUGAAGGGAUCGGUAAUGCUCUGCGCCGUGUCGGUUUUACCUAUUUUUAUGGCGUUAUUUUGAUGGAAAAAAAAUGGAAAGAAAAUGGAAGGAAAGAAAAUAAGUGCAUGGAAUUUUUGCAGAUCUUGGAGUUUGAAGAGAAAAAAAGUGGAAAAGUGAGGUCAGUGAAAAUGAAAAUGGAAAGUGUACUUAUUUUUAUUCCCUUUUCUUUUCUUUUUAUUUUUCUCUGAAUUUUUAAUGGUAAUGUAGGUUGAUCGAUCUGCAAUUUGUUGACAAUUUGUAAUUGUAUUUAGCCUCUUGAUUUUGUUUAGUAUAAUAAAUACAUUUAUAAAAUAAAAUAAAUUAAGUUUUA